AUGAAGGCCAUCGAAAAAAUGAAACCACCAUUCCUGCAACUCAGGCUAGCUGGAAAUCAAAGCCCCAAGCCGAUAAAGAAAAAGUGGAUCUCCAGGAAUAGGAAUCAAGGGCGUCGUCAUCAGGUUUCUCAAAUAAAGAGAAGCAAGACACCCCAAUCGAUCUCGUGGAUCAGAGUCCCCUUAAUCCGUCACCCGGAAAGAAGAGGAUUACAAAAGAGCAACGGACUACAAUUCUUGAAAACAGCAAAGAAGGAG